UGCCUUUACAUACAAAGUGACCCUGUGAAUGUCCAGUUCACUGUAGCCCGGUUUGUAACAGUGUGCCAUUUUGUCAGUCGGCAAGGGUCUUUUCAAUGGCAACUCCCAAGAAAGUCUGCAUUAUUGGCUCUGGCAAUUGGGGCUCUGCUAUUGCCAAAAUAGUGGGUUCCAAUGCUGCGCAGAACUCCAAGUUUGACAACACAGUGACCAUGUGGGUGUUUGAGGAGAUGGUGGAUGGUCGCAAGCUGACAGAGAUCAUUAACACCGACCAUGAGAACGUCAAGUACCUGCCUGGACACAAGCUACCCCCCAAUGUGUUGGCUGUUCCUGAGCUGGUGGACGCUGCCAAGGAAGCAGACAUCCUAGUGUUUGUGAUACCCCACCAGUUCAUCGGCAGAGUGUGUGACACCAUGAAGGGGAAGAUAAAGAGCGAUGCACUAGGAAUGUCACUCAUCAAGGGUGUGGAUGAGGGUCCUGAUGGGCUGAAGCUCAUCUCUGAUGUGAUCCAGGAGAAGCUGGGCAUCACCAUGAGUGUGUUGAUGGGGGCCAACAUCGCCAACGAAGUCGCCGAUGAGAAGUUCUGUGAGACCACUAUCGGAUGUAAGAAUACAGAACAUGGGGCUUUGCUGAAGGAACUCAUGCAGACCAGUAACUUCCGGGUCACGGUAGUGGAGGAGUCCGAUGUGGUUGAAAUCUGUGGAGCACUGAAGAACAUUGUGGCGGUGGGGGCGGGCUUCUGUGACGGCCUGGGCUUCGGGGACAACACGAAGGCGGCGGUGAUCCGGCUGGGCCUGAUGGAGAUGAUCGCCUUCGCACGAAUCUUCUGCACUGCCGGGCCCGUCUCCUCUGCCACCUUCCUGGAGAGCUGUGGCGUUGCCGACCUCAUCACGACCUGCUACGGCGGCCGCAACCGCAAAGUGGCCGAAGCCUUUGCUAAAGGGGGGAAGUCAAUUGAAGAGCUGGAGAAAGAGAUGCUGAAUGGACAGAAGCUCCAGGGACCAGCAACAGCAGCUGAAGUCCAUGUUAUCCUAAAGAACAAAAAUCUGCUUGACAAGUUCCCACUAUUCAACGCUGUGUACCAGAUCUGCUACCAGGGCCAUCCGAUCACAGAGUUCAUCAAAUGUUUGCAGAACCACCCAGAGCAUAUGUAGGCUAACAGACUGACCAAGUGCCAGGAGAAGGAUCAACACCACUUCCACUUUGUACCGGGUAGGAAAAUACGUACACUUCGGUGUACAGCAAGCAGACUCCAUCGGACGAUGUGAAGUAAAGUUAGCUUGCAUUGGACUUGUGGUGUGUGCUGCAGCUAUCUACUCUGUACUGUCUAAGGGGUUUUUGUAUGUACCGCUAUAGUAUAAGUGCUUUUCUCCUCCUGGUUUUCAACAGGAGUGUGACCCAGCAUGUUUUUGUUGUCACCCAAUCAGACGCCACUGUCCAUCCUCAGCUGUUAUCUUGGUCUGUCCAUUGUGACCUCACUUUCUUAUUGUUUGGCUUAUUCAUGUUAAUUGUGGUAGGGCGUUGUAGCAGAUGCUAGGCUAUUUGUGUCCUUCAAAUCAAACUUUAGUUGUCACAUGCGCCGAAUACAACAGGGGUAGACCUUACCGUGAAAUGCUUACUUACAAGCCCUUAACCAACAAUGCAGUUCAAGAAAGAGUGUAUUUACCAAAUAAACUAAAGUAAAGAAAUUA